CUGCUCUUCUGGCGUUAUGCUGCGUCGGUGGACGAGUGCCGUGUCCUGACUCCUGACUCCAGAAAGCUGUGUAGUGACGAGUGCAAAGCGGAGCGAAUUUAAUUGAAUCUAUAUCCUAAGGACACGGCUAAAUCGCUGCACCAUAGCCACUGAGCUCCGCACAUCUCAAACGGCUGCAGGAUGUUGAUCCGUUGGAAGAGUAAAGAUAAGAGCGCCUCCUCCAACCAGAGCGUCGGUGGCAGCAGCAGCUCCUCGUCGAAGAAGAAGCGCAAGGGUCGAGAAGGCGAAGAAGACUGGCAGAAUGAGGCAAAGUCAGGACGGCUUCCGUCAAAUGAACAGGGUGGCGACGAAAGACGACGAGCCAUGCGACGCGACGAUCCGCGUCGACACACGCUCGGCGGCGAUAUGCUGGUGUACGGCUCGCAGCAUCCACACGCCCAUCAGAUGGCGCCCCAGCAACAGCGGGCCAUGGAUCUGGAGAUGAGUACGCGCGCGCAGAAGAACAAGAAGAACCAACCGAUGCGGGGUUAUGCGCCUGUUAACCAGGGACCGCUGUUCGACGACGAUCCCGGCAUCAUGUCGGAGGUGGAAACGGCUAGCACCGGAUUCCGGAGGGGCGGCAAGCAGCGCUCCUCGCUCCCCGUGGUACGCACGCCCUCGAAAACUCUGGAACGACCGCUGGGCCUGGUCUUUCUGCAGUACCGCUCGGAGACGAAGCGCGCCCUGCUGCCCAACGAGAUCACUUCGAUUGAUACGGUGCGCGCCCUGUUCGUACGCUCGUUUCCGCGCCAAUUGACCAUGUCAUAUCUGGAGGGGCCCAAUGUGAAGAUUUACAUUCACGAUGCCAGCAAGGAUAUGUUCUACGAGCUGGAGGACGUGCGCUCGCAUCUGCGCGAGAUCAGGGACCGUUCCGUGCUGCGUCUCUUUGAGUCCACUGAGGUGGCAGCCCCGCCCCAGAUCCUGCCCGGCGGUCCUGGAAUACCCCAACCCCUGCCGCAGGCGCAGGCCAAUUGGGAUCAGGAUCAGAGCUACUUCAGCGAGCCGGAGUUCGACUCGGACUACAAGCACCAGCAUAUCCACAAAUCAAAGAUUGGCAAACAACCGGCGCCCUACUACGUGGGCUCAUCGCAGACACUGCCGCGAGGCAUGUACUCUUCAGAACGGAACAAGGUGUCGAUGGAUGGAUAUACCAGUUCCCCGGAGCGCAGCAGCCGCGGAAACUACGAGGAGCCGUACUACAGCCAGUACGGAACGAGAGGCGCCGUGGUGGCGCCCAUUAUCGACGAGGAGCAGAGCGAUGGAACCAUGACAGAGGAUCAGUACGCACUGUACGGCAUCAAGGUGGGACCGGGACCCAACCGCCUCACGCAUCGCGGCAACCAGAUCUACGAUCCCACUAGGCCCGAAGACUUGCAUCGGAUUCGCGUGGAGCACAUGGAAAGGCAGCUGGCCAACCUGACGGGACUAGUGCAGAAGGCCCUCGUUAACCAGAACCCCCAGAUUGCCCCGCUGGCCGUGCCCACUCUGGACCCAAACUAUCUGGUCGUGCCGUCGCAGAUGCAAGCCAACGGCUCCGGGGAUGAGCUGUACAUUCGGGAGAAAGCUCCCAAGCUGGGCAAAAACUCGUGCCAAAAAUCCGUGUCCUUUGAGAAGUCCGUGUCAUUUAGCGAUGACAUACAGGGAAUACCAAAGUCUCACAAUCCCCUACAUGCCGCCGAAACGAAGCCAACCAAGCCGGCAAUCAAGUCGUCCACUCUUCCACGCACCUCGUCGCAAGAGCGUGACCGCCUAAAGCCUCCUCCGCCCCCCAAGCCGAUCGUGCUAGCCCAGACCGCUCAUCCCAACUACCGGGCGGACAUUGCCCUGGCUCCCGAGGUGUACAACCAUCUGCGCGGCCUGCAGAAGAAGGCCAAGGACCUGCGCAUGGAGGUGCGCACCCUGAGGCGCCUCUCGCAGGCCCAGGCUGUGGCCGUGCGCGAAGACAUCAAGGGAACCUUCAUGCGGAUUCGCGCUACUCUGCUGGCGAGCAGCGGCAGCUUCUGGGAUCACCAGGGCGACCAGGACGCCACACGCAUUUCGCGCGAGGAGGAGCUCUACAAGCAGGAAGUAAUCCGCCUGGAGAAAGACCUCAGCGACCUGGAGGGGUCCGUUGAGAACCUGCGCGGCGAGGUCAUUAACCGGCGAACACGCGUCAACAUGACGGCCGUGGAAGACAUGGCCCUGGUGCUGAGCCGGGCAAGCAAAACCGUCGCCGAGCUGAAGCUAAAGUUCCCAUCCCUGUCGAAUGGCUUGCGCUGCAUCCUGUCCAACGAGAUGGAAAAAGUGGUGCGAGAAGAAAAGUUCCUCAAAGAAGAGCCCGAUCGCUUGGAGUCGGCGCUACGUCGCUGCAAGAAGCUGACCGGCACACUGGUGACGCUCAAACGCUUGGCCAGCGUGCAGGAGCAACGGCUGCCACCGAACGAGCCGACUAUUAGUGAGGAGCCACCACGAUCCGCGGACAUCUCGGCGGCCGACAAGCCAAUCCCAACACCCAGGAUGGGGUCGUUCGCUCUCAGCGGGGGACUCGCACCCGAAAACGCACUCGAUGCUCUGCUAGAUGAGCUCAAGACAUUCUCCAAGCCCAUCGCCCAACAACAGCAGCAACAGCAGCAGCAGCAGCAACAACAGCAGCACCAGCAACUAUACGAGAUUCGCCCUGAAGAUUCGGCAUCCGACGAAAGCGCCCAGGCCGCAGUACAAAGCACCGUCACCACGCAAAUAUCGCAGGCCCGUCUCUACACGGAGGCGAGCGUCAACGUGCAGCAAGCGACCACCGGCAGCAUGGUCAUCGCUGUCGCCUCGGGAACUGUUUCGGCCCAAGCUCAAGCCCAGCGAGGAGUGCUCACCCACCAGCAGUCGCAGUCGCAGGCUCAGCUGAUGGUGCACACCAACAUGGGCAGCCUGCGACGCCUGCACUCCUAUCCCAGUGAGUCGGAUGGCGAACUGCCUGGGCCGCCACCGACUGGCCCGCGGGCCAGCGAGACCUCGUCCUCGACCAGCCUGGCCAACGGCGGCAGCAGCAACAAGCCACCCGUGCCCGAGCGAAACGCUGAAUUGAUCACCAAGGUGGGCCACAAGCGCAUCCCGCCACCUCCGCCGCCACGCACCAGCUCACGCAGUCCACUGGCCAGUCCAACCAGCCCGAACGUGCCACCAAACCUGGCUGCCGCAGCCACAGUCAAUUUGAUUCCCAAUUCCAAUUCAAAUGCCAGCGCCAAUGCCAAUGCCAAUACCAAUAGCAAUGCCGCAGGAAACAAGGGCACAGUGGGUGAGACUACGGCCGUCGUUAGCGGCGACACCUCAAGCGGGGACAACUCGAGCGGCAACGAGUCCGGCAACGAUCAUGUGCAGCGCCAGGUGGCCCUCGAGAUGCGCCACCAGGAGCUGCUCAAGAAGCAAAAGAUGCUCCAAGAGCAGUACCAGCGGUUGCAGCAGAUGAGCAAGCUGCCCUCGGUGGAUGUAGCAUGCUCCUCCUCCUCCUCCGCGCAGGACAUCGCCAGUGGCAGCAACACACUCCGGAAGCUGGGCAGUGAGACGAAUAUACAGCAGAAGAUAGCCGCAUUGAGUCUAGCCUGCGAGACUAGUGGAGCCGCAGCUGCGGCGGCAGCGGCGGCUGCUGCUGCGGCUACCAAUGGCGGCGUGGUGGCCAGUGAUGCUACGAGCGGUGCGAUCGGCGGUGGUGGUGGUGCUGGAGCUGCAGGGGCGGCUGGUGCGAGCGCUGCUGCUGCACACUCCAACUCGAACUCGAAUUUGAAUUUGAACUCCCAACACCAGACAGCCACAACGACCACUAAACAGCUGUACGAGACCGAGAUACUUUAACACAACUGGAAAUUGGCGUGGAACGAAGCUAAAAUUGACAUUUAAUCGGAGCAGUUGAGAUUUUUAUAUCUGAAAUUGCGCACCAGAAUAGUCGAGGCCCAAUCAGCACCCAUACCCAUAAUAUGUGGGGACUGCGAUUCCGAAUCCAAAUCCAAAUCCAAUUCCGAUAGAGAAACGUUGGAGGCAUUGACAAAUGAGAACGGAACGAGACGAUAGUUAGGAUUGAAUAUGAAUGGCAAACACCUUUUCGUUUGUUAGGAUGAGCACGGACUAACUCACAGCGUACUUGUAUUUACUAUCAUCUAAUUGUCGUACACAAAUGUGUGUUUGCACAAAUCCAGCAUCGAGCAUUCAGCAUACGCAUCCGAUGUACUUUAUGUGUUGUCUGUGAGAACGCAGGGCAAAUGAUCGGAAGCUAAACUAAACGAAAGCAUACAGUAUCGAAUCGAAUCACAAAUCAAAAGACGUAUAAGUAACUUGUGCACCCCCAUAUAAAAAACAAAAAGCAAAAAACAAAAACGGGCAACCGUACAACCCAUGCACCAGAGUAAAAAUGCCCAGAUGAAUGUAUUUAUGUAUGUAUUCGCUUACAUUGAUGUACUUGUUGCAUGUUGUGUUUUUGUUGUUGUUUCGACGAAGUUAUAGGUCAUAUACAUAGUUCGAGAGCAGGAGAUGGGCAGGCGUUUGGCGCUGGAGAACAAUAAGUUCUCCAAGACACCAGCACCGUAAUCCCCAGCACAAUGCCACGACACAACCAUAAAUCCCAGUAUCCCUGUAUCCCUGCAUCCCUACAUCCAUACAUGUGGACUACGUGUUAAGGUCCAGCAGCACCCCCCGCCCCUGAACCACAGUCCAAAGUCUAGAAUCUGAAAACCAGGAUGUGGGACCCAGAGGCCAGGACCUGGCCACAACACAACAUACAACACUUAGAAGCAACCCAUACACCAUACACCAUACACCGGCAUAGCAAAGCAAAACGCCACACAACACACAGUCGUAGGAGCACAGGCCGAUUGAAGAUUGAAGAUUAACCAUUAUGCACAUGUACAGAUCUACGUAUGUACUUAAAUAAUAUGUCAUAGAUUUUUAUUAUUACCUUGGUAUGGGACGUGAGACUGAUAGUUCUAUAUAUGUAGCUCAUCAAGAUACAAUAUGAAAUACGAUGGCGAAAGCUAAAGAUAUUGUACUUAUUUUUGUUAGAAAGAUGACUAGCUAAUUUUAUCCCCCUUCCCCAAGAGAAGCCACAAACAGCACUCCCUCCAGCCACUGCGUAGUGGAGGCCUCAGCUCGUUAUUCCCGACAGGAUUGGCGGAGAGUGCUGGUGCCCAUCGGACUACCGACGGUUCUAUUGUUUACAUGCUGCACCUAUCAAAUGGGUAACACAUAUGUCCUUAGCUAUAUGCAUUCAACGCUACACGCUACAUCGAACGGUGGCUAGUGGCUGGCCAGCCAGGCCCAGGCCCAGGAUCCAGAGACCCCAAGGCCACGUCCACGGUUAGUUUACACAUGGGCUUUGCCCAGAAACGGGCUUUCCCCCCACACGAUCGAGUACGCUCUUGACUGCAUUGCAUUGUUUUUUGGAGGAAAGAGCACACUCGUGCACACACAUAGAUUUGUUAACUUUGCUGCCCGGCCAGUAUUAGACUUCAGUAUUAUAGGCUAAUUUACUUUUAAAUAAACUUGUAACACACGACUUGAGAGAAAUUUGUUGCACCUCUGCCACGUUUUAUAUCGAUUAAACACAAACAUGCAUUCCUUAAAUUGUUCAAUUUUCGAAGUCUAAAUGAGGUCUGCUAAGUUCGCCACACCGAUCCCGAUUCGUUCGGGAGCGGAGGGAACUUCACACAUAGGACGAGCGCCGUAGCAUAAGAUCUAACACCAUGCCACACGAACAGGUUGCAAUGAACACUUUAGAGUAUAUGUAUCUGCAUCUGCAUCUGCUAUUCGCUAAUCACAUAUGUAUGUAUAAAUUCAUAGUUAUAUUACAUGUAUAUCCUCCAAUAGCUCAAAUACACCUUCUCCAGGCCACUGCUGAUGCGGAUGCUGACCUUGUGGCCACAAGCACAACAGUGAGCCGUAUCCUUUAUAGGUAGUCCCAGUUUAGAUGCCCCCCGCCCCAUGUGCAAUAGACUUGACAUCAAGACUAAGCGCCAAAACACUUAUGUAACUUAACUUAGGUGCGCGCUCAAGACAUUUACAUACAUGGCAUAUAUACACAAAGACAGAUAUUUACCUAAGUUAGAAGAUUUGUAUUGUUUAUUUAGCGCCAUUCGACGAAAAUGUAUAACAUAUAUAUUUACAUGCAAAUCCACGCAACGAAUACACAUUUAAAAGAACAUAUAUACAUGCCUACGAUGAUGAAUACGAUGAAAUACGAUGAUAAUAAAUAUCAACCUAUGCGAAAGGCAGUGUUAAAGAGUCCCCUAAUAAUACCAAGUCAACAUAUUUAAGUAUAAAGUUAAAACAGGGCACGUGGCCAAAUCGAAGGCAUCGUGACCCCACUUAUAUUCCCAAAAGGCACAAUACACCGAAUCACACUCCACUACACAACACACACAUUCACACUCACUCGCCUACACAGGUAUUUAGCAUCGCGAUCACGAUCACGAUCUAAUAACGAUCUAAUGGCGAUCUAAAACCAAACCAAAACCCUCGCCCCACUGGGAGAAGGGAGAUGCAGAGCUCAAUUCAGAUUGCAGCUGCAUCGGAAGAGUUGGAAGUGCGUAUUUUUUUCUUAAUAAUAAUUAUUCUAUUUAAAUCACAACAAACCACAACAAUAAAUAUCAUUCGUAAAAUGAA